AUGGACGCCAACAAUCGACCCAUAGCGCAGGGUACUCCAAUGGACUAUCAGACCUACUAUGCCCAGCCAGCCAAUUCGUCAAGGAAUAGACGCUAUUCCAGCGCUUCUGUCGCUCAGGCCCCUAUUGGACGAUCACCCCACCAUGUCUCAGUGCAUUCCGAAUGGGAUCCAUCCAGGAUCUCUCCAGAUGAGUACAUGCAUGAUGUCGACUCUCCUCGAUCCUAUGAUACCCGCGAGUACUUGGUAGAGMCCAGCCGAUCUCGUCACAGCGACAAGUUCAGCAAGGCAGGUAGUGUAAAGUAUCAUUCACAAAGGCGCCCAUCCAACCGCGAUGAAUUCGACGGACCGCACCAACUUCUUGAACCGCCAUCGCCAAAGACCAUUGCGGCUCAGGAACGGGAGCUGCCCCCGCUCCCUACUAACCUCGAUGUCUCAGAGCAAGACCGUAUCCUGUGUGAGGUUAAUGAUCGCCUCUCUCAGUGUGCGUUUGACUUUGUCGCCAAAUACCAGUUCCCAAUUCCCAUUGAACCGGAUAAAAGACAGGUGAGGGUACCAGCAGACCGGGAAUGGACCGAAUGGGUUUAUUUGUUGAAAAGAUUGGCCACAAAACGCCGGAUCCCUGCCCGGGUACUUCAUAAUGGCCAGAUCAAACAGCUUGUCACCGUUUUGGAAAAUUCCCUGGAGAUGCGUCAUGCCGCAAAGCAUCAGUCCAGGCCAGUAAAGGAUGACAGGAAUGUAUUGCAACUUAUUUCCGCUGGAACCCAGGUUGCUAAGAUCCUCAAGGAUGCCACUGCCAUGGAAUAUUUGGACCGUCUUUACCAGGAAACCGAACGAAGGAUCAAGGAACGACAGAACCGUCGUGUGAAAUUUGCCUCUUGA